CAAGUUGUUUUUGUAACCAUAAUUCCCUCUCUUCGUCUCUCUCUCUCUCUCUCUCUCUCUCUCUCAUACCGAAAGAACAGUAUCAUCUCGGAGAAGCUCUGGAGAAGUUGAAAGAUGUUGUCGGUGCGUAGAAAAACGUGUUCUCUCGUCCAGGAUUACGUCGCGUUACUCUCGCUUCCGGAUCUUUAAACGAUAUCCGAAUCUUACCUUCGAUUCUAAUUUCGUGGUCUCUCGAUAGCGAGACGGUGUUACCGUUUCCGGUGGAAUGCUGCGCUCGUUUUGUCGCGUCUGGGUUGCCUAGUUUCGCCCUUUCGUCCCCUCUCUUCGUGCUUACGCCAAGAGAUCGCCGACGAAGGUCUUUCGUGGGAGACGAGCACUUUGGAGUACCGGCGGCCCUGUUACAACACAUAGGCGAACGAACUUGUACAUGUGUGCGUGUGCGCGCACGCGUGCGCACAUACGUAAAUAUAUUCACUCGGAUAAAAGGGAAUACUCCGGAGGAAAGUUUUUUUUCUCCUUUUCAAAAUUCCCGCUCGAGAUUCUACGUCGACGCCAUUUUUCAUUCCUUGAUUAUCGUUCUUCGAUGAUAACGUUUUGUCGUUUCGCGUGUCGGUAAUAGAGCAAACGCUUUGGAAUAUUACGAUCACUCGAUAAUGGGAUAAGACAUCGAAUGCAGAUAUACGCGAUCCUUCGCUGAUCAUCGGAAUGUUCGAGCCAAUGAAAACUAUCAAGAUUCAAGUGUAAGACGAAAUUGACCGAACGUAAUUCGCAUAUGUCGUCCAUUCUUCCGGUAUACUUCCUUCGAGCUUGCGGAUCUAGAAGGAGAAUGUAAUAUCGUCGGUAAGGAUAAUAAUGGGGGAAUCUUUGUUCUAAAUUUUAAUCUCGAAGGAUUUCGUAGGUUUCUUUUCGUCAAAGAUUCUAUCGUUGUCAUCGGCUUUACCACUAUUUAACUUAAUUAUCACGUAGGAGAUUAUGCCGAUGGGAUGUGAAAAUUUGCACAAAUUGUCGCGAGUAUGCAUAUGUGUACUCAUUAACGAUACAAAUCUUAUUUGUCUCUCUGGUUCGGAGCGGAUGGCGGGACGGAGGGGCGAGAGAGGGAGGGAGGGAGAGAGAGAGAGAAAGAGAGAGAGAGAGAGAGAGAGAGAGAGUGUCUACGGUGAACGGCUUUUGUUUUGAUAACACUACGAAUUUCGGUCUACGUGAACAUGCACGCGAGCGCUCAUAACUGUGUGGGUAGUCCGACUCUGAACUCGAUCUCAUAGAGCAAACGACGUUAUUCGUAGUCUCUCCUCGUCUUUUCGACUAUAUAAUUAUCGCUUGAUACGAUAGCAAGCGUAUCCAAUGUCCCUGUGUUAUCUAUUUUUCUCUCAUUCAUCGUUCCGAUAUUUUUUCAGGUUGUACUCAACGCGCGUUACUCCGGUGAUCGUGCAUCCAAGUAGAUAGAUAAAUCUUUGACUAUCGAUAAAACGCGCGAGAUUCGAAAGCGUUGGCGGGAAAUUCGUUUUGUCGAUCGAUCGUACGAGUAACAAAAUAGCUCCUCGUUACACAUACGUAUACACGUGUAUAUGACAUUUUAUAUAUAUAUAUAUAUAUAUAUAUCGUGCGUAUAUGCACGUGUGCGUGGAUGUAUGUAUGUAUAAAGUGAUUUUAUCAAUCGAACAUUGCUCGAGUUAGCCACAGAGCUUUCCCGAGUGAUUCUUCUUCGUUGGUGUGGAACGUCGAAACGACCCCGUUUUCCAAGAAGCCGAUGUCGAGAUAAUGCCACGUGAAAAGGCAUACUUCUACAUACACAAACUCGCUAGCUUCACCGCCGAUAAUAUAGGCGAAAUGUGGUGAUGGCCGGAAGAUCUCGACGUCCGAGCUCAGAGCUCGGACCGGAUCUCUCAUCUACACAUUCGAAAAGACCCAAAUUAUCGGAUUUACCUCAAGAGGUUGCAUCUUACGUCACAGUCGAAGAGGAAGAUAACGUGGAAAAGGAGUUAGAAAGUAGCGAAAGGAUAACAACGCCAAAGGACGUUGAAGAAGAAGCAUUAAAUCUCUCACAAGAGACAUUGAGUGCAACGGAAUCUCCAAUAAAUGAAGUAAGCCCAGGACCAUCCUGGAGAGGUCACAACAUUCUAAAGCCUGACGAAGAGCAUACCGAUCAAGGAACGUCCCUUGACAUGAAAACCACUGAAUUGGAUUCUGCGGUAGAUGUACAAACAUCCUUAACGGGGGAACAUGCGUCAUACGAGGAAUUAUCUUAUAUUGGUAACGGUGCCUAUGGUACUGUUUACAAAGCUAAAGAUUUAACCAGCGGUCAAGUAGUCGCGCUUAAAAAAGUUAGAGUACCAUUGACGGAAGAUGGACUACCCACGAGUACAUUAAGAGAAAUAGCAACUUUAAAACAGCUUGAAAGAUUCGAACAUCCACAUAUUGUUAGAUUAUUAGACGUUUGUCAAGGCAAUUAUCAUCAAUUGCCUUCCAGCGACGAAAGAUCUGACAGAUCAAAUCAAGGAUUAACUCUUUGGUUAGUCUUCGAACAUGUGGAACAAGAUUUGGCAUCUUAUUUGUCGUCAUGUCCAGAGAUAGGCAUAUCGUCCGACAUUGUAAAGCAAAUGUCUAAGGAGAUCCUUCGGGGCGUUGAAUUUUUACAUAGUCACAGGAUUAUACACAGGGACUUAAAACCACAAAAUUUAUUAGUAACGCGAGAAGGAACGAUAAAAAUUGCAGAUUUUGGCUUAGCCAGAACAUAUGACUUUGAAAUGAGAUUGACCUCUGUGGUUGUAACCCAAUGGUAUCGAGCGCCAGAAGUUUUAUUAGGUUGCUCGUAUGCAACUCCCGUAGAUACGUGGUCAGUUGGUUGUAUAUUAGCUGAGCUUAGUAGCUUGAAACCAUUAUUUCCAGGUACCAGCGAAGGAGACCAAUUGGAUAGGAUUUUUCGAAGGAUCGUAUCUUCGAGUGGCAAUAUAUCGAAGAGCUUGUAUAAAAGAAAAAUGGCGACCGAGGUGGAAAAAGCACAAACCGCUACUCCCGGCGGCGAUACUAUAUUUGGAAAAAUAUUGCGUAAAGAAUUACCGUGCAACUUCAUUUACGAAGACGAUAAGUGUGUCGCAUUUAAAGAUAUCAACGCCCAAGCUCCUGUACACUUCUUGGUAAUCCCAAGAAAACCAAUUUCACAAUUGUCAAAAGCAAGUAACGAGGAUGAAGCUUUGUUGGGGCAUUUGAUGUUGGUAGCUCGACAAGUGGCAAAACAAGAAGGUCUGGAUAAUGGUUUUCGUUUGGUAAUCAACGAUGGAAAGGACGGUGCGCAAUCGGUCUUUCAUUUGCACCUGCAUGUACUCGGCGGUAGGCAGAUGCAAUGGCCUCCGGGUUAACGACUUACGAAUUAUACGAUCUAAUCUUAUUUCGCACGAAUUCGAAACUCAUGUAUUACAUAUAUUUCCCUUUCGAAUGUUAAUAAAAGGAUGAGGUUAUGAAAUAUACAUCAACGCCUUGAAUAAAGUCUAUAUAAAAUAGA